AUGUCUAUUAAAGAGCUUUACAAUGAAAAGUCUCGACCAUCUCUUUCCUUAGAGUUCUUCCCUCCGAAGAUGGAAGCUGGUAAGAGAAAUUUACUAGAGCGUAUGGAGAGAAUGUCCGCUCUGGAUCCCUUGUUCAUUACCGUAACAUGGGGUGCUGGUGGUAGCACAGCUGAAAAGACUUUAGAGCUAGCAGCAUUGGCACAAAGAAACCUAAAUUUGCCGGUCUGUAUGCACUUGACCUGCACUAACAUGGAUAGGACAAUCAUUGAUAAAGCCCUUCACAAAUGCCAGCAAGCGGGAAUUCGAAAUAUUUUGGCGUUGAGGGGAGAUCCACCUGUAGGUGAAUCUUGGAAUCAAAAUAAUACGCAGCCAGCGGAAUUUCAACACGCCGUCGAUCUAGUGAAAUACAUUAAAAGUCAAUAUGGCUCCUACUUCUGUAUUGGAGUUGCUGCAUAUCCAGAAGGUCAUUGCGAAGGUGAGGCUGAAGCAAACCAACAGAACCCUCUGAAGGAUUUACCUUAUUUGAAAGAGAAAGUUGAUGCUGGGGCGGAUUUUGUCAUAACCCAGCUUUUUUAUGAUGUUGAUAAAUUCUUGGCCUUUGAAAGAUUGUACGUUGAACAUAUUUCGACCGAGGUUCCUUUGAUUCCGGGUUUGAUGCCUGUCAAUUCAUUCCUUCUAUUUAACAGAGCAGCAAAGUUGUCCCAUGCGUCCAUUCCAAAGUACAUAUUGGAUAAAUUUCCCGAAGAGAUCCAACACGAUGAUCAUGCAGUGAAGUCCAUAUGUGUUCGACUGCUUGCUGAUAUUGUUGACAGGAUUUACAACGAUACACAAGGAAGAAUCAAGUGUUUCCACUUCUAUACUUUAAAUCUGGAAAAGGCUGUCGCACAGAUAGUUGCUGAGUCUUCGACCCUCAGGUACAUCUUAACUCAAGCUGAAGAAGAAGACGCAGAAAACAUGGCUGAUCAGGUGGGUGAUAUUGCUCUUUAUGAUGACGCUAGUGAGACAAAUCAAACAACAGACCGCAAGAGAAGAAGGCACUCGAGCAAUGUUUCUGCGGAGGUCAUAACUAAUCGUGUCGUUGCAGGUAAACCCAGGCGUAGAAGCGUUGGUAUGCCUUCAAGAAAAAUCGCCAUCUCAAUUUCUCAAGGAUCAGGGACUUUAGGAAGAGAUGCCACAUGGGAUGAUUUCCCAAAUGGUAGAUUUGGUGACUCAAGGUCGCCCGCGUAUGGUGAGAUCGAUGGUUAUGGCCCAACUAUCAAAGUUGGAAACAAGAGAGCACUUGAAAUUUGGGGAUCGCCGAGGAAUAAUAUUGAUUUAAAAAACAUUUUCAUCAAAUAUUUGGAGAAUUCGGUGGAUGCUUUACCUUGGUGCGACUUGGGUUUAUCUCCUGAAAGUGCUUUGAUUCAAGAAGAAUUGAUUCAAUUGAACGACAGAGGAUUUCUGACCUUGGCAUCGCAACCUGCAACAAACGGAUCUUCAAGCACAGAUAAGAUCUUCGGAUGGGGUCCAGCUAAUGGCAUUGUUUAUCAAAAGGCUUUUGUCGAAAUGUUUGUGUCAAAGCAAAGAUGGGACCAAGGCCUGAAAGGCAUAAUCGAUCAUUAUGGUAGCGAGAAGCUAAGUUAUUACGUUGGUGAUUCAAACGGUAAUUUUGAUACAAACUUGGCUCCAGAAAGCUCGAACGUGGUUACUUGGGGUGUAUUUUGCAAUAGUCAAGUUAUUCAGACCACCAUAAUCUCUGAAGAUUCUUUCAAAGCCUGGCGAGACGAAGCAUUCAAUAUAUGGCUCGAAUGGGCCAAACUUUUCCCCAAAAAUAGCCCUAGCAACAGUUUCUUGAAACAGAUGCAUCAAGAUUACUAUCUCGUUUCGAUUGUUCAUCACGAUUACAUUCAGCCUGAUGAAUUAUGGGAAAUUUUACUGGGCUAA